AUGAAUCCCUUGAAUGAAGACCUCCUGAAGAGUAACCCUACUACACAUUUAGAAAUCAACAGUUAUGUUGACGUGAAUACGAGCUCCGGUAUAGUGAGGGGACAGACCAUACAAGUGCUGAAUCAGACAAUCAAUGAAUUCUUGGGAAUACCGUUCGCUGAGCCACCCGUCGGUGACCUCAGGUUUGCUAAACCAAAAGCCAUUGAAAAGCCAAUCAAAGUAUAA